GGCGCGAGAGAGUGAGGAAGACAACAGCGAGGAGGAGGAGGAGGAAAGUGGGAGCACACGCGCGCGCACACAAUACAGAGACAGAGUAAAGUUCUCACAGUGUGAGAAGUAAGUGUUGCUGAACGUGGGCUAAAUGCGCGCGACAAGAGGAGAGCUUCACUUCACUUUCACUGCUUCCUUCAAAAGAAGAAAAGAGUGAGGGGAGAGAGAAAGAGAGAGGGGAGGAGAGAGGGUGAGGGGAGCUCUGGAGAAACGCGAGGACAAGCUGCAUCAAGUGAGGACAGAGGCGGAAGAGGAGAAGACAAGUUGUGUCCCUGCUCACAAUCUGACCUGCGAGAGAAGAUGAACGCCAGUGAAGAGAACCUGCUCAAAUCCAUCAGCAACGACGCACUCCUCGACCUGACGCAGCGCUACGGACAGGGCGCCUUCGGCUUCGGCGCUGGCCAUGGUGCUGGAAGCACCGGCCGCUUCCCGCUCACACCGGCCAACGACUUUCUCUCCGCUCAGACCGCGAAGUCCAACGAGAGCGGCGGGGAGCACACGAGCGACGACGACGACGGCUUCGACUCGCUGGAGUCCCGGAAGAGGGGCUCGUCGUUCGGGGACGACAAGUCCGGGGGUCCGCUGGCCAAGAAGAGCAAAGAGCAGCGGUCACUGCGGCUCAGCAUCAACGCCCGCGAGAGGAGGAGGAUGCACGACCUGAACGACGCGCUGGACGGUCUGCGCGCCGUGAUCCCGUACGCGCACAGCCCCUCGGUGAGAAAACUCUCCAAAAUAGCCACUCUCCUCCUGGCCAAGAACUAUAUCCUGAUGCAGGCUCAGGCUCUGGAGGAGAUGAGGCGGCUGGUCGCUUAUCUGAACCAGGGACAGACCAUAACCUCGCCCAUGCCCAGCGCACUGGCUCCUUUCGGACAGGCGGCCGUCUAUCCUUUCUCCGGGUCUGCGCUCGCCACCUGCGCUGAGAAGUGCACCACUUACUCCGGGACAGGGUCCAGUCUCUUCAAACACUGCAGCGACAAGCCGUGAUGUGGUUUCAUCUCUUUUUCUUGAACUUUUUGAACCUCUCCUCUGCUCCCUUCUUUCUCCCAGUCUCUGUCUUUCUAACAUUUGCAAAUCAUUGUGUGGAGAAAUAAAUGAAUACGAUGAUGUUUCAUCCAGAUUUGACAAACGCCGCAUGGAAAACACAGAGUUUGGGCCUCGGAGUCACAAAGUGAAUGUUCCGCUUUACUUUGCAGAGACUUCGCUCAGCUCUUAUUUGUAAUCUAUGCAACAUUCAAUACAACAACUGUAAUCUAAUCCCGACAUUCAAUCUGAUGUGAAAGGACUGAUUUCCCCGAUUCUAUAUAAAAGAAAUGUAUUAUGGUUUUUUUAUGGUUUGUUCUUUUUUUUCAUUUUUUUAUUUGACGUAAUUGCACAUUUCACAUGAUUGUAAUAUAAAACACAACCGUGUGGAAGAAAAUCACUUUUUUUCUUUGUUUUUUGUGUUUUCUGUCUUUUUAUUAAAGGACAUAUCUGUGAUUGGCUCGAUUUGCUUCAUUUGAACAGACAAACAAAAACAAUCUCACAUCAUACACACAAAAAAAAUAACAUCAAAUAUUCAAAUUAAAAUAGAAUAGUGCUGCCUGUCACGCUGCUAAACCGAUGUCAUUGUCUCACCUUCACAUGGAUUUUCUCGCAUGAGGAUGACGGUGCUGAGGCCCGCGUGGCACGCGCUGGUCUCGGUGCAUCAUGGAGCUGAGGGGACGUGGCCAGAGGCACGAGGACCUGUCUGUGGUUAUCUGGGUGAUCGCAUGCUACUGUCCUGCUUUUACUCUUAUUAACACGAGCCGUGCUUUUGUCUCCCUGCUGAGAGUGGAACAGUUUUUGGACAAAGAGGUGAUGUUUAUAUUCCUGAAAACAAUUGUCUUCAUCUUUAAUCUGUUUUAUAUUAAUGAGGUCAUGAGUGCAACACUCGUGUUGGUGAUUUUAUUUCAAUAAAACAUGACUGUAGCUUUAAAAUUAAA